AUGUUAAGACGAACGUUUGUACUUACUUGUACGAUAUUGGUUUUAUCGCUACUGCUUGAAGAAAAUGGGGCGAAAGAAUCCGAGCCUUGUUCCGAUAUUAUGACAUUGAUAAAGAAAAUCAUAAAACCAAAAUGCCCCGACGAUACAUCAGAAGAAGUUACAACGAAAAAACCAAAAACAAAGAAAUUUGAAGAACGUAUGGAAAAGUAUUUUGAAGAGAAAUUCCCCUGGUGGCCGAAAAACAUGAUUGAAGAUUUAGAAGCAACAGAGAAACCAACAACCAAAGCGCCCCUAGAUGCUCUGGUCACGAGUUACGUGGACUUUUUGAAUAAUUUGUUUAAGAUAUUUUAA